CAGCGACCAAUUUUAAUGGCUUUUCGGGUUUUCCUAUCUCUGUUGCUCAUCUUUCUCUUCUCAUUCCCUAGCUUCUCUCACGCAUUCCUGCGACAACCAAAAUGGUUGAACGAAAAGAAAAUAGAUGGAUCUGUUCUUCAAUUGAAGACAAGUGCUCCUUUUGCCGGUUUUGAUCCCACACGGGUCACACAAUUAUCUUGGCAUCCCAGGGCUUUUUUAUAUGAGGGAUUUCUGUUAGAAGAGGAGUGUGAUCACCUCAUUAAUCUGGCGAGAGAUAAGCUGGAGAAAUCUAUGGUCGCGGAUAAUGAAUCAGGGAAGAGUAUCGCGAGCGAAGUUCGGACUAGCUCUGGCAUGUUUCUCAAUAAGGCACAGGAUGAAAUUGUGAAGAGAGUCGAGGCAAGGAUAGCUGCUUGGACCUUCCUUCCUGAAGAGAAUGGGGAGUCGAUGCAAAUUUUGCACUAUGAAAAUGGCCAAAAGUAUGAACCACAUUUCGAUUAUUUUCAUGACAAGGCCAAUCAACAACUUGGAGGCCACCGAGUUGCAACAGUACUCAUGUACUUAUCUAAUGUUGAGAAGGGUGGGGAGACUGUAUUCCCCAACUCAGAGGGUAAAACGGUUCAACCAAAGGAUGACUCCUGGUCUGACUGUGCGAAAACUGGCUAUGCAGUGAAACCGAAGAAGGGUGACGCAUUGCUAUUUUUCAGCCUUCAUCCUGAUGCAAAACCUGAUCCAAGCAGCUUGCAUGGGAGCUGUCCUGUCAUUGAAGGAGAGAAGUGGUCUGCAACUAAGUGGAUUCAUGUGAGGUCCUUUGAUAGGCCAAAGCAUUCAGGAAGCGGAGAAUGUGUUGAUGAGAACGAGAAUUGCUCCCGAUGGGCUGCAACUGGGGAGUGUGAUAAGAACCCACGAUAUAUGGUGGGCACUGGAGACUCCUAUGGAUUUUGUAGGAAAAGUUGCAAUGUUUGCUAGUCAUAGCACGAUUAUUCACCCAAGAGUUUGUAUACUGAGUAAGGGGAUUAAUUCCUUAGUUGUUGUAUAUAACUUUCAUUGUAAUUAGCUGGCAGAUUCAACUUUUGAAUCAUGAGAGCUCUUUGUGCCUGUGAGAACAUAGUCCAUGUAAGAAUUGCUUCCUGGAAUGAAAUAAAAAGUGCCU